AUGCCUAUCCAAUCAAGAUGGACUACACCGACGCCUCGAAUAUCUCUACCUGGCUGGGUCUUUGGAAGCGAACAGCAUGGCCUACGCAAUGAAAAGAUCGCGUUUGUGGAUGCCGAUGACCCAAGCAAUACCUUGACAAUUUGGGAGUUCGAGCUGUACUCAAAACGGCUGGCAGUAGGCCUUCAACGUCUUGGUGUCACGUCGGGAGAUCGUGUCUUGGUAUUCUCCGAGAAUGGAAUCUUUGUCCCAUGUCUGUUCUUCGGCAUCAUUAUGGCGGGUGCCAUCUAUACAGGCGCGACUUCAUCAAGCACGGCUUUGGAACUCAGCUACCAGUUGAAAGAUAGCGGUGCAAAAGUUCUCAUUACCAGCACGAAUCUUAUCGGAACCGCCGUCGAAUCAGCACAAAUCGUUGGCCUGGAAAAGAGUCAUAUCUUUCAUCAAAACGCACGAAGUCCCCACUGCAAAAAUCGGCCUCAUGGCAGCGUACAUUCGUGGACUGAGCUUUUUGGUCCUGAUCACGAAGCAGAAAGCUUCCAGUGGUUUGAACCGCCGAACCCUGAGACUGCUAUAUGUUGCCUAAACUCUAGCUCAGGUACAACUGGCCGACCCAAAGGCGUAGAGGUGACGCACUUCGCCUACGUUGCCAAUGGUGAAGCGCAUCUCUUGCUUCAUCGACUUCAGAAAGAAGCUUGGUCUGGGCCUUAUCGUACUCGCGCGCUCUGCUUUCUCCCACUCAACCAUGCUGCGGCACAGACAACAUUCAUUGCCAAUUAUCCCAAGAUGGGCGUGGAGACCUAUAUCAUGGGGCAGUAUAACUUCAAUGACAUGCUCAGUCAUAUCGAGAAGUACCAGAUCACCGAGCUGAUGACUGCCCCACCAAUUAUCUCAUCGCUCGUGGCGAACUCGGUACUGGUGGACGAUAGCCUCAGGAGCGUGAAAAAUGUCAUUUGCGGUACAGCGCCACUCGCUUUGUCGCUAGAACAAAGAGCAAACACUCUCUUCAAAGUUGAUGGUGUCAUUAUUCGCCAGGGUUGGGGUAUGACAGAAUUGACGUGUCUGGGAACCAUGAACGAUCCUCGUCUACCUGGCUCUCCAGGUUCUGUUGGUGAGAUAGCACCAAACUCAGCUAUCAAGCUGAUGCAUGGGGAGACUGAGAUUACGGAGGCCAACAAACAGGGUGAACUCUGGUUUACCAGCCCCACACUCAUGGCAGGAUACUGGAAGAAUCCUGGAGCAACCGGAGAGACCGUUAUCGACAAGAAUGGGAUACGAUGGCUCAAGACAGGAGACAUCGCUUAUGUAGACUCAUGGGGACCAGGUGCUAACAUCUACCUCGUGGACCGUUCUAAAGAAAUUCUCAAGGUGAAGGGAUUUCAGGUUGCACCCGCGGAGCUCGAAGCAACUCUUGUUACUCAUCCUGAUAUAAUCGACAGCGCUGUUAUUGGUACCGACAUUCAGGGUCAUGAAGUCCCAAGAGCAUAUGUCGUGAGGCGCCCUGGCUCAUGUCUUACUUCUCACGAUAUAAUGAGUUGGAUGGAAAGUAAGGUCGCAAGCCAUAAGCGCCUUGAUGGUGGCAUAGUCUUUGUCGAUGGUAUUCCCCGAACUCAGUCGGGCAAAAUACUGCGCCGGAUACUGCGUGAACGCGCCAAAAAAGAGACAAAGGUGUUCAUACCAAUGAAGGCAAAACUGGCAUAA